GCUGCCUCUGCCGAAGAGGAGACAGUGGCGCACACGGGCAGCGUGAGUUCUGCUGAGAACGAGGCGACGACAUCGAAGGAGGCGGCUCCCGUCUCUCAAGGCCAAGGCGGUGUGUCGUCGUCGGACGCAGCCGCUCCCGCUGGGGCGGCACAGGAGGGGAGCCGCGCAGGAGCAACGGAUGCAGGUGGCGCUGCUGUUCACGGCGGUGCGGCAAGGAAGGGCGGUGAGGCCGCACCGUCCAAGCCUGCAGGCGCCGUGGCAGCAAAGGAUGCGGCAUCCGUCCCCGCACCCCACAACGAAAGCAACAACAACAACAGCGGGGGACUGUUGCAGAAGCUGAACGCCGAGGACGGCGCUGUGUGUGGGCGCCGAGCGCUGACGCCGCUGCUUCUGCUGGGGCUGUGGGCGUUUGCGGCGCUGUGA